AUGAACCUGUUACCAACCAAAGUCGCAUCAAUUCGCAUGAUUGAACAAAAUCUCCCUCCUUUAAGAUUUAAAAGCAAUCUAUUGCUGAAAACAACAAAAAAAAUUCAAACACUUCAUUUUGCAUCUACUCAUCAUUACUUUCAAAUGACAUCUAGUCCAUCAUCAUCAUCACCAACAACAGAUUCCAUUCUUCAACAAGUUUUAGAUAAAUUCUUUUCCCUUCUUCCUAAUAAUAAUGAAGGAGGAGGUAGUGGUGGUGGAAUAUUUUCAUCAGCAUCAUCAUGGUUAAAUACUUCUUUAUCAUCCAUUUCCUCUUCAACUGCUACUACUGGUUAUAGCAUUGGAAGUAUUGCAAGUAUUUUAGCAUUAUUAUUAGGUAGUGCCUAUUUAGUUACUAAAUAUUAUAUGCCAAUUUUAGAUUUUCUUAGAUUUAGCAAAUCCAAUGCUGAUCAACAAGUAAUUGAAAAGAUUAAGGAAGGAUCAUUUAAAGAAAAGACAAAUUUAAACAAUAUGGACAUGUCAUUAUUUUGGUAUCCAGUUGCAUUGAGUACAGAUAUUAAAAUUAAUGAUAAGAAACCAUUUGUUGUAAAAUUAUUAGGUGAACCACUUGUAUUAUAUAGAACUAGUGAUGGACAAGUGACAUGUACAUUAGAUUUAUGUCCACAUAGAUCAGCUAAAUUAUCAACAGGUGAAAUUACAGAAUUUGAAGGUAAAAGAUCAUUAGAAUGUGCUUAUCAUGGUUGGAGAUUUGAAAAAGAUGGUCAAUGUGUUAGAAUUCCAUCUGUUUCAUCUGAAAGAAUGAAAGGUUUAUGUAAAACUAUCAAAUGUCAAUCAAAACAAGUACAUGAAUGUUGUGGAAUGAUUUGGGUAUGGCCAAAUGAUAAAGUUAAAUCAGAUAUUAAUCAAAUUCCAAUAGAAUUAUUCAGAGAAGAAUAUUUAACAGAAGAUUCAACUAAACCAUAUAUCAUGUUAGAAAAAUCAAGAGAUAUUCCAUGUAAUUAUUCAUUAGUGUUAGAAAAUUUAUUAGAUUUUGCUCAUUUAGAUUUUACACAUGAUGGUACAUUGGGUAAAAGAAGUAGAGCUACUCAAGUUAAAACUCAAUUAAUUCUCAGUAAGGAUACACCAGCACAAGAUGAUUCAGUUAGAAGUAAAUUACCUACUGAAAUGCAUUUUGAUAAGACAAUUCACUCAGAUUCAUUCACAUAUAGAGUUACAAAACCUGAAUAUCAAAAAGUUAAAGGUGUAAAGAGAGAAUUUGGUAAUAUUACAUCUUUUAUUCCACCAUGUUUUGUUAGAUUGGAUAAUACUGAUUAUAUUGAAGGUGGUGAUUUGAAGAAUGCAGGUCCAAGAAUUUCACAAAUAUUUUGCAUGAUUCCAACUGGACAAAAUGAACAUCGUAUCAUUUUCAGAUUCUACUCUACAAUUCCAGUUUUAAAUUAUUUAAACAAGAUUCCAUACAUUUAUUCUAAAUUAUUACAAUCAGCUGAUACAAUUCUUGAUCAAGAUUUGGAAUUACUAUUUGGAAUUUCAGAAAAUGUUACAAAGAAUGGUGCUAAAGUUUUUAGUAAGAUUGUUAAUGCUGAUGCUCCAAUUAAGGCUUACAGAGAUUGGGAAGCUAAAAUGUUAAAACAAAAUAAGAAUGGAAUUUAUUUUAAAGGAUGGGAAACUCCAGAUAUUGAAGAUUUACUUUAA